CAUCGGGAAAAAAGACAAGGUAAAGUAACAUUUGUGCAACCAUCCUCUCACAAGGCAGGUAGGUCCCUUUCUAUCCCUGUGUUGAUCCCGUCAGGUUCCAAGAAUCGAGUUGCGAAUUGGUUUCUGCUCUCCAUUCUGCGUUUUCUGCCUGAAUAGUAAACGCAUAUCCCUCUAUCGGCGGACUCUAGAGCUUCAACCAGGUACCUUUGCAUGUAUACAGACCCCCAUAUGAACAACGUGACAUUCUUGAGUCCCCUCUUUGCUUGCAGGAGCAUUGGUGUUGGCGUCCAUUACACCAGAUUAUUCUCAUCGUCUCCAGAGCACCCUAGACUGGCCUUCGACUUCCGUAACCAAAUUCCAGCAAACUCACAUUGCCUCACUAUCAUACCGACAACUCGCCAUCAAGAAACUGAAACUAUCACAGGUGGACGGGACCCUUCAAAGCGGGAUCGCUCGCCUUUGGGAACCAUACUUUGCGAGAGAGCUCCAAUAAACUUUUGAAAAUUUUGAGGAAAAACUUCAUGCAAGCAGCAAGGAAUAUCAAUGAACUGCACUUUGUAGUUGGUCUCUUAUCUUAGAAAUACAACUUUGUGCACCCCUGUUGACAUUGAAGCCAGCCACAGCAAUGGUCUUCUCCCUUGACUUUAACCCCCGGAUAACCUCCACGUUUGACUUUGGGCAUUUCAACACCUAUUCGGAGGAUCAGCUCUAGGCCGUCAAUGAGGUCUUGCCUUUAGCUCACAUCACUAAACAGCUCUAUGACAGCCUUGUUUGCCUCACCAUCUCUUGGCUGGGCAGAUACACAAACUUCGAUCAUUGAAUCAGAGACUGAAAUAAUCCCUUCUCGUUGCUUACUCGCUCCUGGUUUAACAUGACAUUGAAUAUGAAUGAGACCAAUUGCCGAUUUAGCAGAUGAGGCUAUUUGACGAAUUGCUGGAAGUGAGGACAUGACAAUGAUCAAAUUAUUGGAGCUGGGGGGAGAGUCUUGAGUGUCAAAGAAUCACGACUGCCGCCAAGCCAAGCGAGGCUGAGAAAUGUUCGCGACAGAAAGAACAACCGACCAACGGAUUGAUGGUUUCGCAAACAUCUACUUGAUUCCAGUCCCGCCACCUCGAAGUGUUCGCGUCCUUUCUCGACUUAUAAUCUUUUUCGAUUCCCCUCCAAAGUGUCUGUGUUCUUCAGUAAGCUGCGUUUUCUGAGCGCAGCCUUCCCAAACAUGGCACGCAGCUACCCACGCAGCAACAGCAAUGGGCCGCAGCCUCCAUACACUUUGACGGCUCUGAACAGAUGGUCUGUUGCAGACAAAGACCAGCUGCCAGCUGUCCACACUAUCAAGGCAUUGCACGUCUAUGAUUUUGAUAAUACCUUAUUCAACAGCCCCCUUCCCAACCCCAAGCUAUGGAACGGCCCUACAAUUGGCUUCCUACAAUCCCAAGACACGUUUGCAACUGGCGGAUGGUGGCACGACUCGAGGAUACUUGCCGCCACGGGCGAAGGCCUCGAGAAGGAAGAGCCACGCGCUUGGGAGGGAUGGUGGAAUGAGAAGAUCGUUGAGCUUAUUCAGCUAAGCAUGCAACAAAAGGAUGCACUCGCAAUUCUGCUCACUGGUCGAUCAGAGAAUGGAUUCGCCGAAUUGGUCAAGAAGAUGGUCAAGGCUAAAGGUCUCGACUUUGACAUCAUAUCAUUGAAACCUGCUGCUGGCCCGAACAAUCAGCGGUUCUCGAGUACCAUGAAUUUCAAGCAGGUCUUCCUAGAGAGCUUGAUGGAGACAUACAAGGGUGCGGAAGAGAUCAGAGUCUAUGAAGAUAGGGUGAAGCAUACCAAAGGCUUCAGAGAUUUCUUCAUGGAUUACAACAAGCGACAGAAUGGUAUUGGUGGUAACCCCACUCGAGGUCCCAUCACUGCAGAAGUCGUCCAGGUCGCGGAUGGAGCUACACAGCUCGAUCCUGUUCAAGAAGCUGCAGAAGUUCAACGUAUCAUCAAUGAUCAUAACCUAGCUAUCUCCAGUGGCAAGCGUGGUCAACGUCUUCAGAUCAAGAAGACGGUUUUCUAUACCGGCUAUUUGAUCAGCAACACUGACACUCAGAAGCUGCUUACUCUAGCUCAGCUACCACCUAGCAUGCCAGACACCGAGAUGAAAUUCCUCGCGAACAAUGUUCUCAUCACGCCACGGCCCUGCCAAGCCAGUAUUCUUGAAAAGGUUGGUGGAAUGGGCAGCAAGACAACCUGGGAAGUGACAGGUACGGCUGUUUUCGAAAAUAAGAUCUGGGCUGCGUGUGUGCGUCCUGUGCCAGAGACCAAAAAAUACUAUACGGAGAACCCAGUUCCCAUUGUCGUACUAGCUCUGCGCAAAGGCGCGCGACCCAUUGAUGCAGGUAAGAUCCAGAACUGGCAGCCUGUACCACCAGAGAAACAGUACGUGUUCGAGAGCGUAGUCGGCGAGAAGGUUUUGCUUCGUAUCGAAGAGGAGGAUCAGGGAGAGAAUGAGUAUGAGAGCCUUUUCCCAACCAAGACUCAUAAGCGCAAGCAUGCGCCUGAUGAUGACACCGUUAGCAGGCGAGAGAGCGGCCAGUUUGGAAACGGGAACAGUACUCCGUCUGGAAGUAGGGGAUACCACCAGAACCACAGCGGAGGAGCACGCGGUGGGCGCAGUAAUAACAAUUUCCGUGGCAAUGGGCCCCGUGGUGGACGAGGAGGAGGUAGGGGAAAUGGCGGACGAGGCAGGGGCCGUGGCGGUGGCUUCAAUUACAGAUCUCUCGAUGAUGUUGGAGAGAAGCCUAACGCCACGCAGCCAUCUUACAAUGCUGCUGUCUCGUACGAGGAAUUCCCGCCACUCCAGAAGCAAUACCAGACUCCACAACAACUUGUUCAGCAACAGUUCCAGCAGUAUCAGCAGUAUCAACAACAACUCCAAGCCAAAAACGGUGGUGCCAACAAGGCAGGUGGAACUGGAGAGCUGCAGUACUUCUAA